AUGUCGAAUCCAUCAGUUCCGAAACUGGUGUGUCUACCAAAGAUUCACAAGGAAGGUGAGCAGUUCAGGGAGAUCAUUUCCGCUAAUGGCGCCCCAACAUACAAAAUUGCGAAAUGGCUCGUGAAAAGAUUUGGGGAAAUGGAUUUCCGUUCCUGUUCUAUCAAGAAUAGAGAGGAAUUUAUAGAAAAAACGAAAGGCUUAAAGAUUGGUCCUGAUGAAUUAAUGGUAUCGUUCGAUGUCAAAGCGCUCUUUCCCAGUGUUCCAGUUAACGAAGCUCUUGAAUAUUUGAAAGUAUGGUUAUCAACACAAGAAGGAGAAACAGAAACAGAAAAUUGGAACAACAAAGUAAAGGAAUACCACAAAUUAGCAAGACUUUGCAUGGAGGAGAAUUACUUCGAAUUCAGAAACGAGAUGUACAGAACAACAUCGGGAGUAUCGAUGGGCAAUCCACUUUCACCAUUUAUCGCAGAAUUAUUUAUGUCCAAAUUGGAAAAAAGAAUGGAGGAGGAUUCUCUGAUGCCUAGAGUAUGGAUGCGGUAUAUUGAUGACGUCUUCGCGAUAGUGGACAAGGAAGAACUGGAGAAUAUAAACAGAUGCAUCAACAAAUUACAUAGAAACAUCGAAUUUACAUUCGAAAUUGAGGAAAAUGGAGUGAAGAAAACAACAACACAAAGAUGCAUUCCACGGGACUCGUACCAUUCAACGAAACAUAAAAUGGCGGCGUUCAACUCUAUGAUCCAUAGAAUGCUAACCACACCGAUGGACAGACACGACUAUAGAUCAGAAGUAAACUUCAUUUUGGACACGGCUGUGAAGAACGGUUAUUCUACUGAACGUAUUAACAAACUCAUUGGGAAGAAAAAACGAAAAAUUGAGCAGGAGAAUAUGAGCACAUUGUUUAAACAGAACAGGAUAUUGGAAGAACAAAGAACAACAUGGGCAUCUUUAAGUUAUGAUCAUCACUGUACAAACUUGAUAAAUAAACAACUAAGGAAACACAAUAUUCGGACAUCGGAAACCAUUAGUAAAUAUCAACUUGGGAGUUUGUUAAAUUCGGCUAAGGAUAAAUUGAAGAUACAUGAAAGAUGCGUAGAUGGGAUGUGGAAUAUGCAUCCCACCGUUACUGCACCUUUGGAAGGAGCAAGGGACUUUGUGAACAGAAAAAGAUAG